UCGCGUUUGACGUUUGUCUGCCUUUUCUUCAUCACAUUUUCAUGGCAAUGAAGAGUCGUGAAAAUUUUGAUUUCAGUUUCUUUUACUGCUAGUAUUUCAUAAAACUCUUCAAACAAUUAGUGAAAUUGUGCAGAAAGGUGCUUUGUCGUGAAGGUAGCUGAAUAAACGAAUAAACUUCAAUAAUGUUAAGCCUGCAUAGAUUCUACCGGAACGUUGGACUUUGUGUAUUCAAACGGAAUUUCAGUGCUCCAGUGGCACCAUUUGCAUCGCGUGUCACUCCGGAAGAUGGGAAGGCUCAGGAAACUCAGGUGACCGAAAAUGCAAAUGCUGAUCGGGGAAAACAGAUUGCGAGGACAAAUGCAUCGCAAGCUGCCAAAAAUCCCAUAGUUGCAGCUGCUUUUGCUUCGUUGCUACAAGAAGACCGGCAUCAAGGUGAUUCAACGAAUGCGACGACUGUACCUAGUGAAAUUGAUGAAAAAAUAAUUAUGGCCAACACAGUGAACGAUCUAUUGAAAAUUCCAGGCCAGUCGAAAAUAUCGCGAAAACAAGCAUUGAAGAUUGUGUCUAUAUUGGCUGAGUGGAGUUCUAUACAAAAGGUAAUCUUAUCGGACUUUGAAAAUGACAACCGUUUUAUACAGUUGUGCAAUGUGCUAGGUAGAACAAACAACCGAAAUAAUGCUUCUAAGUUGCAAAAUCGACAGGCGUUGGCCAGUUCGUUACAAGUUGAAGAUCUACAAACCGUUUUGGGAGUGACUGCGAAUGAUGAGGCAGCGAAACUGAUAGCAGGACUUACAAUGCCUCAAAUGAUUAAGGUGAUGUCUUCAUUAGCACAGAAAAAGAAACGCAGCACUCCCCUCUUACGAUCACUGGCCUUCAAUAUAAGUAGCAAUACAAAUAAACUCAAUCUGAAGGAGUGCGGCGAUCUGUUGUACGCCAUGGCUAGUUUAAACUUCCGUGAUCCUGUUCUUACUGCGCGAAUUUGCGUUGACGUGGAAUCCGAACUAGCCAGCAACAAAGACAAACCGGCCGCUAUUGGAUCGAUCCUAACUAGUCUGAGUCUGUUGAGAUAUCGAGAUACUACGAUAUUGGAUCUACUUUCCGAUUGGAUGGUUGUCAACAGGGAAGUGUGCAAAUCUUCUCAAAUCAGUUCAUUGCUGUUGUCACUGGCUACCUUGAACUACGAACCAACGAACAUGGACGCUAUUAAAACGAACCUAAUCAACAGUCUUCAAGAAAGCGACUUUAUCAAACCCAAUGAUUGGUUGAAUACGGUUUGGUCUCUAGCUGCACUAAAUUGCGUUACUCCUCAGCAUAUAGCAUCGGUGCUGAAUCCCACCUUCAUAGGAACCCUAGAAAACGACCGGACUGGCGAGCUAUCACCCGCAACAAAAAUGAAAUUGCUGAAUUUGAAUGCCUGUGCUAAGCUUGAACUUGAGUCCAAAAGCUCAAGCGGUGUGAGUGGAGUGAACUUGCAAGAUCCAAAGUAUUUUGUUCCUAUCGAUGCCUCCAAGGAAAAGCGGAUACUUAUUGCGGGCAUGCUAGACGCGCUCAAAAGCUUACUUCCGUCGGAGAAUCACGUUCGGAUUAAUCAACGGACGUCGAUGGGCUUUGCGAUUGAUGCCGAGUGUGUGCUGGAUUCCAAAUGUUUACCGUUAGCCGUUGACAAAGAACACCCCGGAGCGAAGAGGAUUGCAUUGCUUGUUCAUGACUACCACGACAUGUGUCAAGGGCCUAACCCAUCCCUGAAUGGCGUGCAUGCGCUGGCAUGUCGCUUGUUGGAAAAAAGUGGUUACUCCGUACUAUCUAUCCCCUACAGUGAGUUCAACACGAGUGAUAAGCUACUCAAACGAGUUGAAUAUCUGCAAAGAAUGUUCAAAACUAUUGUUAGUGAAAAACCUUAAUUGUACACAACCGGUUAUAAAUUGAUUCCCCAAAAUAUGUAUAGAAAUCCGGCCGUAGACUAUUUAAUAAAUAACAUCCUCACAAA